AUGGAACCGGUUCUCAUUGUUGGCGCUGGCAUAGUCGGGUUGACACUCGGGCAGGCUCUCAAACAAAGAAACAUUCCCUUCGAAAUCUACGAGCGAGACCUUCACCCCGACAGCCGCGGCCAGGGCUGGGCAAUCACCCUGCACUGGGCAUUGCAAUACAUCCAGUCCCUCCUCCCCGAAGAAACUCUACAACGCAUCCAAGACGCCCAGGUUGAUCCCGACGUUGCUCGCAACGACAACGGAAACUUCCUCUUCAUCAACCUCGCGACGGGCGAGCCGAAGUUCAAGAUCCCACCCUCCAAGCGAUGGCGUGUUAACCGCGAGAAGAUGCGCAAGGCUUUACUCGUCGGCAUCGAGGAGCACGUACACUGGGGGAAACGGGUAGACGGGAUCCUCAUCGGAGACGAUGGCAGGCCACAAAUUGCUAUUGAAAGCGGCUCGGGGGAGAAAGAGAAUAUCGCUGGGAAGCUCGUCGUGGGCGUCGAAGGCAGUCGCUCGACAGUCCGGCGCUUUCUUCGACCGGAUGCCUUUCGCAACGCCCAGCUUCCCGUGCGAUUUACCGGUGUUGCGGUGGACUUGACGGAUGAAGAAGCUGCCCCUCUACGGAAUAUGGAUCCCCUGCUCUUCCAAGGCUGUCAUCCUGAGACAGGCGUGUUCUUCUGGUUCUCGAUCCUGGAGACGCCGGCAAACAAUCAGAGCGGAUUAUGGCGCGUGCAAAUCAACCUGUCUUGGCCCGUGAAGACGCGCGAGGACGAAGUCCCAGAAAUAGAUGAAGAGAGACUGGUGAACAUGAAGAAGCGCGUAACCGGGUUUGCCCUAUUCUUGCACGAUGCUAUCCAACGAAUUCCGGAUGGCACACCGGUCCUGGAGAUCAAUCUCGCCGACUGGGAGUGCUUGCCUUGGAAUAAUAGGGACGGUAGAGUCACUCUUGCUAGCGAUGCUGCCCAUGCCAUGGUGAUGUACCGCGGCGAGGCAGCCAACCACGGACUCCUCGACAUCUUCCACCUCGUCGAAGCGAUUGCGGAGAUCUACGCGGGUGGGGACCAAAAGGCCGCCAUCGACAGGUACGAAAGCGAAAUGCGCGAGCGAACGGCGCCUGCAGUACGGCUGAGUCGGCAGGCCUGUAUGGAGGCUCACGCGUGGGAUCAACUCAAUGACGGAUGCGCAAUACUGUCCAGGAGGAAGAUCUCUUCGUAG